AUGAGGAGGGCACGGCAACAAGAAACGUCAGAAGAUCGUGAAAUGCGGCGAGCCAAAGACAAAGUAGCUAAACAGGUAAGCAGAACACAAGAAACAGUAGACAACUGUACAACACGCCGUAAAUCAAUGAGAGUAAAAAUGCAAAAAAGUCGAGCACAAGAGACUGAAGAAGCUAUGACAAAUCGACGUGAUUCGAACAAAGCAAGAAUGCAAGAAAACAGAGCAGAAGAAACUCCAGAAGCAAGUGCUACCCGCCAUAUUUCCACGAGAAUAAGAAACAGAGAAGCCAGAGCACAAGAGACCGCAGAAACACGUACUAACCGCCGCAUUUUAAACAGGGGAAAAAUGCAAGAAAACAGAGCACAAGAAAGUCCAGAAGCAAGUGAAACCCGCCGUAUUUCAAACAGGGAAAAAAUGCAAGAAAUCAGAGAACAAGAAACUCCAGAAGCAAGUGCUACUCACC